AUGGACGAAAAUCGUAAAACUGGUGGCUACUUGCGACCUUUGAGUGAUGCACAGAUUGAUGCAAUUUUGUAUGAGGGCAUUCCCUCUGAUAUUCCAGAGGAUACUGACAUCGAGGAUGAUGACGAAAAUGUUAAUAAUUUUGACAAAGCUUUUUCGUGCAAUUGGCAAGAGGCAGAUCGUGAAACAAACUCCACUUGUUCGGAUAAUGAUGCCUCAGAGAGUUCUUUGCCGUUUACACCUUCACCUCAAUGUGAAUAUCGGACAAACAAAAUGUGGAGAGACAAACACAUUGAAACAAGGAACUAUGAAUACAGAUAUAGUGAAGGGCCUAUGGAUGAAUUAUUACAGGAUUGCCACACAGCUACUGAUGUUUUUAUUUUCAUUUUGAAGCCAAUUGUAGAAGACAUGAUUUUCCAGACCAAUCUUUACGCAACACAGAAGGGAAAAAUUUUAAAUCAUGAGCUGUUUGUUUUUUUGGUAAUUAAUUUAUUUAUCGGUUACCACAAGCUGUCGUCAUGGAAACACUACUGGUCUGCAUGUGAUGACCAUGUUAUUUCUAUUGUAAGGCGAUGUAUGAGUAGGGACAGGUUUGAUUUUAUUUUGAGUAAUUUAUAUCUUAAUGAUAACACAAAAAUUCCAGAAAGAAACACUGAUAAAUUGUAUGAAAUACGCCCGCUUCUUACUGCUUUGAAUAAGCAAUUUAUGUCCAUAUACAGGGGCACUAGAGAACUCAGUAUUGAUGACUCAAUGAUUGUCUUCAAGGAAAGAAGUAGCAUAAAGCAAUAUAAUCCAUUAAAACCAAUCAAAAGAGGCUAUAAACUAUUGGCAAUUUGUGAUAAAAAAGGAUACACACUCAAUUUUGAAGUGUAUCAAGGUAGAAAUGAGACACUGGAGAAGGACUUUGAAGGGUACAGUUUAGAAGAGAGAGUAGUACUGAAAUUGUCUAAACCGUAUUGGAAACAAACAGGAAAGGUUUGGAAAGGUUUGUCAGCGAAUUUACCUAGAGAAAAAUGUCUAAAGCGUGGGGAAUCAGAUCACAGAGUGUCAUCUGUAGACCCAUCAGUAUUUCAGUGGAGGGACAAUAAAGUAGUAUAUUUUGCAUCAAACGUCCAUGACACUGAACAGAGCGUAGUGUCAAGAAAACAGAAAGAUGGAACUGGUAUGACUAUACCAUGUCCAGUUAUUGUAUGUGAUUACAAUAAAAACGUGGGUGGUGUGGAUCAUGCAGACAGAUUACGUUCAACUUACGGUCUUGACAGUGAUCUACGUGGGGCACUGCCACUGCUGGAAUUCAGGCGUGCUGUGGCACUAGGGCUAAUGAAUGAACAGCAAGUGGCAAAUCUCAAAAAGAUAAACUCUGGUAAAGAUGAAAUAACUCCCCCAAAGAGAAGGAAAGAUAACUUUCCUGUUCCUAAGGAUGUACGUCUUGGCAACCAAGGAAACCAUUUUGUAGUGUUCAGUUGUAAAAGAGGACGAUGCAAAAUGUGUGCAAAAAAUAAAAUUCAGUCGAGACCACAUUCACAAUGCAGUACAUGUAAAGUGUAUUUGUGCUGCAAUGAGAAAAAUAACUGUUUUCUACAAUUUCAUGAGAUAUCACUAAAUAUGUGA